CAGGUCACGUGUGUGUGUUUGUAGCACCUACUGUACGUCCAUAGCUGCGGUACCAUCAGUCUGUCAUAGAUUCUCGAAAUGGAUACAGAUUAUGCAGAACAUAACUCACCAUAGAAAGUUGACAGCUAUAACACAGCAGUGACCGGGCCAUCUCUGACUCCGCAUAGCAAGCUCCUGCACUUCAGUUCACCGAGGAUGUUUCCCAGCCUGGCCCACAGACCAUGGCAUGUCUUCUGCAGGGUCUCCUUGCAGCACAGGGCUCCCUUAUCUCAGCGGUCCCCGAAGUUCCCCCAGCCGAGCUACGGUUGGCAGAGUGGAGGCAUUCACAGUUUAUGGUUUAGCUUUCCAGACUGCCGCGCCACCUCUCUAGGGUUAGGAAAGGUGCAUUACUACUCUACCUCUGGCAAUGGUAAAGAUGGUCCUCCAAAAUCAGCUGCCGGUGAAGCCCCAUCAGCAGAGAAGAUCUUGUCAGCUGCACCAGGGUCAUUACCUAAAGGGCUGACCAAAGCUGAGACAAUUCAAGUAAAAGUCCGGGCGGUCCUGAAGAAAAGGGAAUAUGGAGCCAAGUACACUCAGAACAACUUUAUCACUGCAGUCAGAGCUAUGAAUGAGUUCUGCCUUAAACCAAGUGAUCUAGAGCAGCUUCGGAAGAUCAGAAGGCGCAGCCCCCAUGACGACACAGAGGCUUUCACUGUGUUCCUGCGAUCUGACGUGGAGGCCAAAGCGAUUGACGUUUGGGGAAGCCAUGAAGCUUUGGCCAGGGAGAGAAAUCUCAGGAAAGAAGUGGAGAGAGAGUACCAAGAGAAUAUAUUUCGGAAUCAACAGCUGUUGAAGGAGUACAAAGACUUUUGGGGAAACACUAAGCCUCGAUCAGGGAAGAGGGGGACUUUUCUUCAAGGGCCAGGGAAGGUGGUCAUGGUCGCUAUCUGCAUCAAUGGUCUGAAUUUCUUCUUCAAGCUCCUGGCCUGGGUCUACACUGGAUCAGCCAGCAUGUUCUCUGAAGCCAUCCACUCCCUGGCCGACACCUGUAACCAGGCUCUGCUCGCCCUGGGGAUCAGCCAGUCGGUCCGCAACCCUGACGCUGGGCACCCGUAUGGCUUCUCCAACAUGCGCUACAUCGCAUCCCUCAUCAGUGGAGUGGGCAUUUUCAUGAUGGGAGCAGGCCUCUCCUGGUACCAUGGCAUCAUGGGAUUGCUUCACCCUGAACCCAUUGAAUCAUUGUUAUGGGCUUACUGUAUCUUGGCAGGCUCGCUCGUGUCAGAAGGAGCCACGUUACUGGUUGCUGUCAACGAGAUAAAGAAGAGCGCCCUCGUGCACGGGUUGUCUUUUUAUGAAUAUGUCAUGCAGAGUCGAGACCCAAGCACCAACGUAGUGCUGCUGGAGGAUGCUGCUGCUGUUAUAGGAGUCAUCAUGGCUGCUGGCUGUAUGGGGCUCACCUCUCUUACAGGGAACCCAUAUUACGACAGUUUAGGUUCUCUUGGCGUUGGAACGUUGCUAGGCGCCGUGUCAGCCUUCCUUAUCUACACCAACACAGAGGCUCUGCUGGGGCGCUCCAUACAGGCGGAGCGUGUGCAGAGGCUUACAGAGUUCCUCGAGAACGACCCCGCUGUGAGGGCCAUCCAUGAUGUGAAGGCGACUGACAUGGGUCUGAGUAAAGUGCGCUUCAAGGCUGAAGUGGACUUUGAUGGCCGAGUUGUGACGCGGUCUUAUCUGGAGAAACAAGACAUUGACCAAAUCCUCACUGACAUCCAGCAGGUGAAGACCCCAGAGGAGCUGGAGAACUUCAUGCUGAAACAUGGGGAGAACAUCAUUGACACCCUGGGUGCGGAGGUGGACCGCCUGGAGAAAGAACUCAAGCAACGUAACCCAGAGGUUCGUCACGUAGACUUGGAGAUUCUCUGAAACCUUUUGGCUCUCUGCUGGGGGGACAUCAUGCUGGAACAGGAAGAAACCUACAAGAGGAAAAGGUGAAAGGAGGGCCAAGCCUGCCUCUACAGUCUGCCUCUCAUCCCGACCAUCACAAAACACGCCACCCUCUCUGCCCAAGUCAUCAAGUCUUACUGUAGAUUAGUCCAACAUACAUACAAGGACAACGUUUGGACAAUGAUUGUUUUCUUUGUGUUGCUUGAGCUUCAGUUCCUCUAAGACUUCUACCUGCUAAACAGAGAUCCACAUUCAAGUGUACAUUUCUGACUACAGACUUAAGACAGCCAUUUAUCUCUGAAUAUCUGUAACAGCUUAAACAGACACAAACACCUGUGACUGUAAGCGUUAUAGGUGGAGCUCACAUUCCAUCUUGAAUGUGUCUUUGGGGGGAAAUCAUGACAACUUAAAAAACAACAAAAAUCUCAAAAACAGGACCAGUGUCAUUUUCAAGACUUUACUUUAUGCUUGAACCACAGUGAUAGUGUUUCCUUCUUUAGUACAAAGGAAACCUGAGAGCUACAUGUUCAAAAGAGACUUAUUUAAAAAACAAUAGUAGUUUUUUUUCUUUGUUUUAAUGUAAAACUACAGCGUAAUGCUGCAGCAGGCUCUCGAAUGAUAAUUAGAUUUUAUUGCUAUUACAGAAAAAAAAUAAUGUGAUUGAAUUACAGUUAAAGAGUGAGCUGAGGUUUAAUACAAUAGCACUUAAUCAGCAGGAAGCUUUAGGAUGCAUUAAUCUAUAUACAAGGUCAGAUGAAAAAAAGUGAACAUCUUAAAAGCCAAGAAGUGUCAUACAGCUGUCAGCAGAAAAAAAAAAGUCAUUAUUAACUCAUCCAGGAUAUCACCCUGUACAGUAUGUGUACCAAACUAUCAAGUGGAUUAUCUCCAGCUCAGUGUUUCUGCCGAAUAAUCUCUAUAAACAAACAAUGACUGUGUUUAUGUUCUGCGUAUUCGUCACAACUGAAGCAUGGUCCACACCUGCCUGCUGAACUUGGUAUUCUGUUUCAGGAGGUGGGCCGGCAGAGACAUUUCAUCUUAGGUAUGGAGGGGGGGAGCUGUUGAUAUAUAUUUUUGAAGGUGUUAAUAGUGUAAUAUUUUCCAUUUGGUUAUAACUAUGUUGCCACUGCUGAAGGAGUUGGAAUAAAUUUGAAGUAAUUUAUUAAAUUA